UUUUACUCUACCCAACUUCUCUUCUCUUCUCUUUUUCUUCUUCAUUCUCAUCACCUCCUUUUUUUCGCCCAAACUAUUUUAACCCCUCAUCAAUCCUUAUUUUUUACCUUUUUAACAACUGGGUACAGUAAAAUUUUCUUUUUUUGGAAUUUUUAACCAGCUUCUCUGCACAACUUUUUGGUCUUCCUGUGGAAUUUACUCCCAUUUCUGGCUAUAGCUUAAGUUUUAACUUUUCGGUAGUUUAUACAUUUUUCUUCUUGAAAAUUUUGUGAGGAGUGGUGGGGGUUUGAAAUUUUAACCAUAAGAAGAAGACUCUUUCAGACCAAUGAUCUUCAUGCUCAACGGGUGCAUUCUCUGGUGUUUGCACUCAAUUCUUUACAAGAAAUCUAGUGUCGAUGAAAGCUUCUAUUUUUGGAUUUUCCAAAUCUUUAAUAGAUACACUUCAGGGACUUAGCGAGUGAGUUUGAUACACACAGCCCUCCUGCUUCUGCUCUGUUUUGUUCUGUUAUUUUCUCUGGCUUUUUGUCCUUAGUUUCUUGAUAUAUAGUGUUGUGGGGAAGUAAAUAGAUUUUGAUUGGAGAGUGUAAAAAUGGCAUCUUUGCCACCUGGUUUUCGGUUCCAUCCAACUGAUGAGGAAUUGGUGGGAUAUUACCUGAAAAGAAAAGUAGAGGGGCUUGAAAUUGAGCUUGAUGUCAUCCCUCUGGUCGACCUUUACAAGUUUGAUCCUUGGGAGUUGCCAGAUAAGUCAUUCCUUCCAAAGCGAGAUAUGGAGUGGUUCUUCUUCUGUCCGAGAGAUCGAAAAUAUCCUAAUGGCUCAAGAACAAAUAGAGCCACCAAAGCUGGCUACUGGAAAGCCACUGGAAAAGACCGGAAGGUUGUUUGUCAAUCUACUUCUGCAACUGGGUGUCGAAAGACCCUUGUUUUCUAUCGCGGGCGUGCACCUUUAGGAGACCGGACAGAUUGGGUAAUGCACGAGUAUCGACUCUGUGAUGAUCUUUCUCAUGGAUCACCAAAUUUUCAGGGAGCUUUUGCUUUGUGCCGUGUUGUUAAAAAGAAUGAGAAUGCACAGAAGAUGAUUCACGGAGAUUUGAUGGGCAAGAGAGUCGAAAGCAGUUCAAGCAUUCAAGAUUUUACUUCAUCAAAAGUUUCGAAUGAGACCUUGAGCAUCACUGGUGACAUUUCUUCUCAAACAAGCUGCCUGUACAAUGAGAGUCGCUAUUCGAGCCCUAUGACUUCUCCUUAUCCUUAUGAAGUCACAACAAUACCUGAGUCUGUGCCUGCUCCAAUGGAUUCAAAGCUGGCUAAUCUUUGGGUCUCACCUGAACUCUUUCUCGACUCAUCAAAGGAAUAUUCACAGGCCCAUGAAGCUGCAUCCUUUCCCCAGUAUGAGUUUCCAAGCACAAUGACUCCAUGGCAGACAUAUGAGCACACAGAAUUCUCCCCAAGUUCAGCAUACUCGAAUUUCAAUGGAGAUUUUGAAUUUGCUGAAGAUCUCAAUCGAAUUGGCUGCAUAUCACCAUACUCAGGGCAUGUAAAUUACCCAAGUUCUUAUUGUAAUGAAGACAUGUCCUAUGAUGAUUAUGAUGAGACCAGUUCAAUAAACUACUCAAGCCUCUUCUAGAAAUUGAAGGGAAGAUCAUUCUAGCUUCUUCUUUCUCCACGCUGAGUUCAAGCAAGCAAAUAAAGAUGGGAAUUCAAUAGUCGCAUCUGGUUGCAGUUCAACAAUUUGGUGAUUGUGAUUUAGUGGUCCUCCAUUAGGAUUGAUCAGUUGGUGUAACUUGCAUCUUCAAGGGGUCUCCAAGACAACGCCUUUUUAAUGUUAGAUCUUGGAGAGGAAAAUAAUAAGUAAAUCCCCUUCUUUUAUGUCAAGUUCUGGCUUAAUUUUCUGUCAAAUGUCCUGGUUAAGUGGGUUGUUCUUACUGCAUCAAGUUGGAUUACUAGUUGAGGGUUGGGUUGGUAUGGUUUCAUGUUUAGGUAGUAAAAGAACCCCCAGGUGGUCACUUUUAUCGAUUUCACCCGGAGAUGGAAUGCUGGAUAAGUCCCACUUUGUACUAUCUUUAUCAUCAUAUAAAAUAAGCUUCUUGCAGCA